AUGAGCACCCCCAACAAGCGACGGAAGCAGAAUAAUGGUAAUGCCUUGCCAGCUCGCAGUUUGGAGCAUUUCUUCGGCAAACAACGCGCAAAUCAGCAGGCCGCGAAAGAGCAGGUGGGGGAAGGUGUUGCAUCUGRGAGGGUAGGAGAUGGUAUAGUCAAGGAUGAAGGCGAUGAAGAAUGGACGGACGAGCAAUUGGCUCGCAAAUUACAGGCCGAGUGGGAUGCCGAGGAAAUGGGGCGGCAGAGCAAUGUAAAUGGCAACGGCAAUGGAGAUGGUCAUGGCAGUGGAGAUGGUCAUAGCAAGGAAGAUAUUCAUGGAAAUGGAGAAGGUCAUGGAAAUGGCCAUGUGGAGGAUGCAAGAAUCAACGACACAGCAAAGGGGGAAGAUAAUCCACCUAGGAAUGCAUUUGCGGGCAUGGGAAAGAAGGAAAAGGGAACCCUAUCACUACAAUCAGCUACAGGAGAUGAAGACACAACAUCCCACAGCAUUCCCUUCGACGAAUCACCCCUCACUUUCAACCCUCAGACCUACCUUCCCGACCUGAAGAAGCAGUGGGCAGCCGAAGAUGGCCUGGCAACAUAUGCCCUCCUCACCCAUUGCUUCGUUCUCGUGAAUAGUACCCAAUCUCGCAUCAAGAUUGUCGAUACCCUCACCAACCUUCUCCGAGUGCUGAUUGAAGGAGAUCCCGACUCGUUACUGCCCGCCGUCUGGCUGGCCACCAACUCCAUCUCCCCACCUUAUAUCGAUGUAGAACUCGGUUUGGGUGGCUCGGCCAUUUCCAAGGCCUUGAAGAAGGUCUGUGGGCUGGACAACUCCUCCCUGAAGACGCUGUACAACAAACAUGGAGACGCGGGAGAUGUUGCUUUUGAGGCCAAGAAGCGGCAGACCUUCACCCUGCGCAAACCAAAGCCCCUCACCAUCAAAAGUGUCUACGACGCUCUUUUCAAAAUCGCCAAGAGUGCAGGUCAAGGGAGUCAGGAAGUCAAGCAGCGUAUUGUGGAGCGCCUCGUCCAAGACGCGCGAGGUGCGGAAGAGAGCCGGUACAUUGUCCGUACUCUCGUGCAGCAUCUCCGAAUCGGUGCGGUGAAGACGACCAUGCUGAUUGCACUGUCGAGAGCUUUCCUUCUUUCCCGUCCCCCAAAUGCCACCUUCCCCACAAGACCACAGUCGGAACUCCGCAAACUGAACAAGCAAGAUCUGGCAGAGGCUUAUUCUCACGGAGAGGAAUUGGUCAAGGCCUGCUUCGCCCGACGCCCAAACUACAACGAUCUCGUCCCGACUUUGUUGGAGAUUGGGAUCGAUGACGAACUCCUUCUCCGAUGUGGCCUCGCUCUGCAUAUCCCCUUACGACCUAUGCUGGGAAGCAUCACGAGAGAUUUGGGGGAGAUGCUCACCAAAUUAAACGGCCGGGACUUUGCCUGCGAGUUCAAAUACGACGGCCAGCGAGCCCAAGUCCAUUGCGAUGAUGCAGGAAAGGUCACCAUCUUCUCCCGUCAUCUGGAGUUGAUGACGGACAAGUAUCCCGAUCUGGUAGCUCUGGUACCUCAAAUCCGGGGAGAAGGAGUGAGAAGCUUCAUCCUCGAAGGGGAAGUCGUGGCGGUGGAUCGAGAGUCGGGAGAUUUGAAACCCUUUCAAAUCCUGGCCAAUCGAGCGAGAAAGGACGUGGUGGUGCAGAGUGUCAAGGUCGACGUAUGUCUCUUCUCCUUUGAUUUGAUGUACCUCAAUGGGGAGGAACUGCUGGAUCGUCCCUUUCGGGAACGACGAAGUUUGCUGCGAAGUCUGUUUGUGGAGAUACCGAAUCACUUCACCUGGGUGCAAAGUAUGGAUGCCACCUCGGCCGAUUUUGACCAAGUCAGCGCCUUUUUCAAGCAAGCUACGGAUAUCAAGUGCGAGGGCAUCAUGGUCAAAGUACUGGACAAUCUCCCCAACCCCGACCUCCAAGCAGACAUGGACGUCGGAGGAGAAGAUGAAGAAGAAGGGGAAGAUGUAAACAACCUCACCAUCUCCAAACCCCCAGCAAAACCCCCAAAAUCAACCCCCACCUCUAAGAGGAAGAACGACACCACCUCCAAGAAACCUCCCCCCACUCGUCGCAAACCCCUCCUCGCCACCUACGAACCCGACAAACGUCUAGACUCCUGGCUCAAAGUGAAAAAGGACUACAACACCCUCACCGACACCAUCGACCUCAUCCCCGUCGGCGCCUGGCACGGCCAAGGACGUAAACAUGCCUGGUGGUCCCCCAUCCUCCUCGCCUGUCGUAACCCCGAAACCGGAAGUCUGGAAGUCGUGACGAAAUGUAUCUCGGGGUUUUCGGACGCAUUUUAUAAAUCCAAUCGGAAGAAAUAUAAUCCCACUCCCAACCCCGAGGAUGAAGAAGAAGACGAUGGUGGGGCAGGGAAUGGUUGUAACAUCAUCAGUCGACCAAGCUAUAUAGAUUACAUCGGUGAGCCGGACGUGUGGUUUGAACCGCAGGAAGUAUGGGAGGUGGGGUUCGCGGAUGUUACUCUUAGUCCUACGUAUACGGCUGGGAAAGGUUUGGUUGGGGGAGGGGAGGAGAGGGGGAUGAGUUUGAGAUUUCCGAGGUUUUUGAGGGCUAGGGAGGAUAAAGGGUUGGAGGAGGCGAGUACGAGUGGGUUUUUGGCGGGGUUGUGGAGGAAGCAGGUUGGGAGGGGGGUUGGGGGGGUUGGGAAGGUUGGGAAAGUUGAGGAGGGGGAGAAGAACGGGGAGGAGGGAGAGGGGGAUGAGGGAGAUGGGGAUGGGGAUGAGGGGGAGGAUGGGGAAGAUGGGGAGGAUUGA